GUGACGAGUUACAACCAUCUACUAACCAAAAUUUCACUCUGAAUCCAAAACUUUCUCUCUGGCACAUGGAGAAUACAGAAGUCGACGUGUUCACGCAAGCUCCUGUGAUCGUGGACUGUGACGUUCUAGAGGCAGCUAAAGAGAAUAUCCAGCCACUUGCAUCUGGUCGUCGAGUUACCACUCUUUCAGCUAUCCUGCAGACUCCUCACGCCCAACGGGAUGCGCAACUACUUGCAGCGCGUAAGCGCUUUCGUAUGAACGUCCAAAUCGCACUUGAAGAUGAUGAUGAUGAUCCACUGGAAGCCUACUCGCGUUUUGUUCAAUGGACUGUCGAAAACUAUCCCCAAGGACAAAGUGCAGAGUCUGGACUCUUAGAGCUUCUGGAAGAGGCGACAAGGAUAUUAAAGGACAACCGAAACGGACGAUGGAAAGGGACGUCGAUGUACCUCAAACUUUGGGUACUUUACGCGAGCUAUGUGGAGAAACCGACUACCAUCUACAAAUUUUUGCUCGCAAAUGAUAUUGGAACCAAUCAUGCUUUGCUUUAUGAGGAACACGCGGCUGCACUUGAAAGAGCCGGACGACGCAGUGAGGCAGAUGCCGCAUAUCUACUUGGAAUUGCGCGUCAGGCUGCCCCCCUUGAUAGACUUGUAGCCAAGCACGGUGAAUUUCAGAAGCGAAUGAUGACCGCAGCUUCAAUGCCCCCGCAGCCCGCCCCAAAUGCUCCAAGUCGUAGAACAGCGUUGGGUGUGACCUCCUCAUCUUCUGACGCAGCACCUUUGUUCGCAUCUAUUUCUCGAGCUCCUUCGUCGUCAUCGCAAACCGAGGUCCACGGGUCUCGACCCGGGCCGCGGCUAGGCACAAACGCUCGUCUCCAAAUCUUCGUUGAUCCUUCUGGAGCAGAGUCCGCGGACGCAACGGAUUCAGUCACACCAUAUCCUGAUAUCGGAACACGUAAAUCUCGGGUGAAAGAAAAUAUACCGGAGGUUAGCAAAGUAGCGGGCAGCACCUUAAAGCAGGCAGGUCGCACUCGACGAAUCGCGUCUGGGUCAAAUUCGGGGGCAGUGGCAGCAAAAAUUGUGCCUUUCAGAGACCCCGGACCAGACAUGGAAGCGAAGGGUGUGAUGGCCCCACCUCCCGUUCCCAUGUCGAGGCAGAAGGACGCACUACCAAAGACUCCCACGAGGACCAGUGCCGUUAUACCAUUCCAUGACAUGCCCGACGGUGGCGGCAUUCCGUCCACUCCUCGAUUCACACCCUUCAGAGAUGAGCCGGAAAUGAGCACGUCGGCUGCAAUGAUUGCACCUGAGACGGUGAUGAAACCAAAAACUGUAGGAGGAGGACCCAUGAUUGGAUCUGAAGCAGAAGCAUUGAGAAAAGAUCCGCUGAAGAACUAUUCUACCGAAGAAUGUCCACGAGAUGGCUAAAUGGUCUUUCCCCCCUUGCUUAAGCUUUCUUUUCCUCAUGGCUGUAGGCUAUUGGCGGUUAUGCUACGUUGUUGAUCCACAUUUUCACUUUGUCACCUUUUCCCCCUGCUUUAGCACUUUGUGUUGCUCUUGAGACUUUUCUUGAGAUUUGUAAAGUACUGAGAGCAGAUGACCCUGCUAACAUUUGUAGAACCAAGACUGUAAACCUCUACUCCAGACCUCUUGGUUGGCUAAGGACUCGUCAAGCUGAUGGUUGCCAAUUUCC